GGUUUAAAAUGGCAUAUUUCAAUGUGAACAUGUUAUUUUCAUUGUAUGUUUACUAUUGGGCCGGCUGUGUGUUGUUUUGCCCGGUCAGCCGCGCCACCUUCCCUGAGACGAGUCACAAAACUCCAGCACCAAAAACUGGCGCCAAGAACAACCAUAACGAAAACAACAACCAUGAAAAACUGAAUUCAGAAGCUGCCGCUCAAGAAAUACCCGACCUCCAGUUUCUGAGAGCGAAACAGGCUUCGUCUCCGCUGCAGCCGAUCCGCCCUUACACUCUCUCAAUCACCCACGAAGAUUACAACUACCAGCCCAAACCCAAGCACCUGAAGCCGGCUCGCCUCUUAAGAGUCCUCGGCGCCUCGUUCGACCCCUUCUGGAUGUCCGUCGAAAAGCCCUUCGCCUCCGAACCCCACGAGACCAACGGCUCCUUUUCAAACUCCAGCCCGGAGCUCGUGGAGGGCGCCGCCCGGUACCAGCGAAAACUCGAGAAGGAGGCGCAAGAAGUCGAUUUGGACUGGUUCGGUUCGGCAGAAAAGGACCGGUUCCGGGCUUGGCUGGUCCAAAUGGCGUCCUGCCGCCUCACUCACCGCUGGGUCGACCUGGGUCCCGUGUUCUGGCCGCGGUGGAUCCGACACACCGACUGCGAGGAAGACAGCGCCGGACCCAGUUGCUCGUUUCCGGCCGGGAUGACGUGCAAACGGGCCCAGGUGACGCAGAUUAAGAUACUGGCCUGGCACUGUUGGUUCGGACUGGGCGGAGUGGGAGGACUGGGAGAGGGAGCCGAGGCGAGCGAAGCUAAACAGCAACACUGUGUUUGGCGCCAAGUUCCCUACCCCGUCGUGACGGCGUGCAAAUGCAUGUGCCGUUAGAAAUAAAUCGACUUCUAACCAGAAUAAUCAUUCAUUUUAGGUUUAACUGACGUGUAUUUUGUGGUUACCAUAUAGCUGCAUAAUAUAGCAAUGUGAUUCAGCCCUCUGAAAUGUCUUUAUAAUAUACAGCGCUAGACCCUGAUAUCGAUGUGAUCCAGCCCUCUGAAAUGUCUUUAUAAUAUACAGCGCUAGACCCUGAUAUUGAUGCGAUCCAGCCCUCUGAAAUGUCUUUAUAAUAUACAGCGCUAGACCCUGAUAUUGAUGCGAUCCAGCCCUCUGAAAUGUCUUUAUAAUAUACAGCGCUAGACCCUGAUAUUGAUGCGAUCCAGCCCUCUGAAAUGUCUUUAUAAUAUACAGCGCUAGACCCUGAUAUUGAUGCGAUCCAGCCCUCUGAAAUGUCUUUAUAAUAUACAGCGCUAGACCCUGAUAUUGAUGCGAUCCAGCCCUCUGAAAUGUCUUUAUAAUAUACAGCGCUAGACCCUGAUAUUGAUGCGAUCCAGCCCUCUGAAAUGUCUUUAUAAUAUACAGCGCUAGACCCUGAUAUUGAUGCGAUCCAGCCCUCUGAAAUGUCUUUAUAAUAUACAGCGCUAGACCCUGAUAUCGAUGCGAUCCAGCCCUCUGAAAUGUCUUUAUAAUAUACAGC